GCGUGCAGGACGGUGCCAGUUUGAAAACACAUGAACUCCCCUCCUCCGUUUUUGACCGAAAGUUAAAAAUAAAAACAAAUGUGAUCCCAUUGGAUCCUUGGGUAAAGAAAAUAACAUUAAAAACAUUACAAACGAGAGAGUUUAACUUUUAGCUUUAAAAAAAAAACCGGAAGUCGCGUUGAUGUCCUGCUUGUUGGUCACCAACACUGGAGCUCGGAUUGUGCUGGAGGACGGACGCGCUGUUAUUCUGGGCCGGGGUCCGGACACCGGAGUCACCGACAAGAAAUGCUCCAGGCACCAGGUGAAGGUGGUUGCGUGUUUUGCAGAGCAGAAUGUUCUUGUUACUCAGCUGGGUCCAAAUCCCAGUUUCCUUGAAGGAGAGAAGUUGGGUCGAGGUCAGUCUGGGAAGCUAACCCACGGAGGCACCCUCUACCUGGUGAACCACCGCCAUCCACUUACUGCCAACUUCUGCCUGAGCUCCAACGGAACUGCAGCCGACAUGCCCAAGAAAGGAUUGAAAGUGACAGACAAGACUAAAUCGGCGGGAAACCAGAGAGAGAAAGAGGCUGAACCCAGCCCAACACCCAAACGCAGCAUAAAAGAUUUCUUUCCUGCCUCUCCUGUGAAGUCAUCUAAGAGACGUCUGAGCCCAGAAAAAGACCGUCCUGAGACAAAGCGGCAAAGAAGAGACCAGGACGCAGAUCGAGCGAUGAAAGAGGAGGAGGAGGAGGAAGGGCUGGCUGAGGAAAAGCUUCAGCAGCUGCAGGAGUUUGCUGCAAAGGAGAGCAAAGCCAUGAAGUCCUCAUCCUCCUCAUCCUCUUCGUCCUCGGUACAGGCUUCCGUGAAGAGCAGCUGGGAGCAAACAGGGAACCUGUUGGUUUAUACAGCUGCAGGAGUCACAGCAAGUGAAAAGAUUGCUGGUUUUGACAUCGAUGGAUGCAUCAUCACAACCAAAUCAGGCAAAGUCUUUCCUACCGCACCAGACGACUGGAAGAUUCUUUACGUAGAGAUUCAGCCAAAACUGUCCAGUUUGCUUAAGAAAGGAUACAAGGUGGUGUUCUUCACCAACCAGCUCGGGAUCGCCAAAGGCAAACUGAGGCCGGAGGUGUUCAAAUCGAAGGUGGAGGACGUCCUGGCCACGCUGCAGCUGCCCGUGCAGGUGUUUGUGGCAGCCGGUCCUGGAAUCUACAGGAAACCAGUGACGGGGAUGUGGGACCACCUGUGUGAGAAGGCUAAUGACGGCGUGACCGUUGACCUCAAACAGAGCUUCUAUGUGGGAGACGCUGCAGGGAGGCCAGAAAACUGGGCUCCUGGCAAAAAGAAGAAGGAUUUUUCCUGCAGUGACCGUUUGUUCGCUCUGAACAUUGGACUGCAGUUCCACACCCCGGAGGAAUACUUUUUAGGCUGGAAGAACGCCCCCUUCAACCUGCCUGACUUUGAUCCUAGGAAGCUGGACUCCGCUGCCAGGCUGUAUGACCCGCCGUCCGCCUCCCUCAUCUCCAGUCUCACAGAAGUCAUCGUUGCCGUCGGUUAUCCCGCAUCCGGUAAAUCGACCUUCUUCCACGCCCACGUUAUUCCAAAGGGUUACUUCUAUGUCAACAGGGACACCCUUGGCUCCUGGCAGAAAUGCGUGGCGGUGUGUGAGCGCGCUCUUAGCGAGGGACGCAGCGUUGCUGUCGACAACACCAACCCAGACCCGGAGUCGCGCAAACGGUAUGUGGACGUAGCCAAAGCAGCUGGAGUGUCGUGUCGCUGUUUCCACUUCUCUGCUUCUCUGGAGCAAGCCAAGCACAACAACAGAUUCCGGGAGAUGGCUCCGUCUGACGGCAAACACGCCAAGGUCAAUGAAAUGGUUUUCCACAGUUACAAGAAACACUUCGUGGCUCCUGCUCUUUCCGAAGGAUUCUCUGAGAUUCUCCAGAUCCAUUUCGUUCCAAAUUUCAAGGACAGACAGUCGGAGGUUCUGUUCCGACAGUUUUCUGAGGGCUGACUCCCCAAAUAAAGGUCUAUGUCUAAAUGUUAAGUAAGCGACGGUAAAUUCCAGCUAAUGGCCUUUAUAUUGCAAUGAACCUUUGUGCCGUUACUGCAUGUUAACUGAACGACUAUAGUUAAACUCAUGACUGUACAACACAGUUGGAUUGUAAACCUGCUGCCCUGACUGUUGGAUUUGCUUCUUGUUUUCAUCUCAGCGCUAAAAUACUAAUCAUUAAAGCUUCCUAAGCCUG